AUGUUGAAACUGUUGCUAUUAUUUUCAAUAUUUAUUCCUCACGAUGUUAUUUCACUCAAAAUUCUGAUCGCAAAUCCAAUAUUGGGGUUUAGUCACGUCAAAUUUAAUGCCCAAGUUGCUGAUGUUUUGGCUGAUAUUGGACAUGAUGUGGUAAGAUUUUAUUGAAUUUUUGAUAAUUCUUAAAACUUAAUUGCAUAAUUUCAGACAAUGCUCAAUAUUUAUCACAUUCCUUUGCCCAAUUUGGAUAAACUUGUGAAAAAUUCAAAUGUGAAGUUCAUCGAAUAUCGUCCAACACAUUUCAGUGGAAUGAAAAAUGAAGAACAUACACUUCCCGAUUUUUGGGAUUCGAUCUAUAUGAACAAUAAAAUUGUGGCUUGUUUGAGUUUGCCGAUGGUGGUAAAAGAAAAAUGGGAGCCAACAUAUUCAGGUAUUUUAAACAAAAGGAAAUCUUUUUAAAAAUCAAAAUUUUCAGAAUUAUUGAAAGACAAAAAAUUUUUCCAAUCUUUGAAAGAUCAGGAUUUCGAUGCGGUUAUUACGGAAACUUUUGAAUUGGGCGGAUUCUGUGAGUUACACUUCUUUUUCUUUGUUUUUCUCGAGUAUCCAGAAAACUUCCAGAUAUUGCUCAUCUUAUAAAUGCUCGUUCAGUUAUUGCAAUAAUGUCAUCUGUUAGAUAUCCCUAUACAGAACAACUCUUCGGACAACCUCCGACUUUAGGAUAUAUUCCGGGAGAUUUUUCAAGAAUGGGAAAAGAAGCGACUGUUUGGGAUAGAUUGAAUGAUAUUUACAACGAUUUUUUCUUCACUCAAUUACAUCAAGCUUACUCAAAUAUGCAAAAUAAAUUAUUCGAUAGACUUAUAGGAUAUAAAUUGCCAUACUGGAAGGUGAAAUUUGAUUUUUUUUUUAAACUUAAAAAAAAAUGAUUGAAUUUCAGGAUCUUGUCAAUAAUUCAACCGUGUUCAUCACAAACAGCAAUCCAUAUUUAGAUUUCGCUGCUCCAAAAACUGCAAAUAUUAUUCCAGUUGGUGGAUUUAAUGUUCAGAAAUCACCCAAACAAUCUCUUCCAAAUGAAUAUCAAGAUAUACUCGGAGAAAAUACAGUGAUAAUAUCAUUUGGAUCAGUUGUUCGAUCUUACGAAAUGCCGGAAAAUUUCAAAUCUGGUUUUGUUGAAAUGUUCAAGAAGUUUCCAAAUGUGACUUUUAUUUGGAAAUAUGAAAGAGAUGAUUUGGAAUUCAGAAAAAGAAUUGGGCCAAAUGUUUACUUCAAAAAAUGGAUGCCUCAAUCUGCAUUAUUAGCUGAUAAACGUGUUAAAUUAUUCAUAACUCAUGGAGGAUUGGCAAGCACUAUGGAAGUUGCAUAUUCUGGAAAACCUGCACUUGUUGUAUGUUUUUUCUCUUAGAAAAUCAAAAUUUGAAUAGAUAUUUAUAAUUAUAGGUUCCAUUAUUCUCUGAUCAAUUUCAUAAUGCAAUGAUGCUCUCUCGUCAUGGAGGAUCAAUUGCUUAUAACAAAUUUGACCUAUCAAAAUCGGAAAAAUUAAUUUCAGCUGUUCGAGAAUUACUAGAAAACUCAAAGUAAGUUUUUUUCCAAAAAAACAUUUUUUCUAAAUAAAAAAACAAUUUCAGGUUUGCUGAAAAUUCAAAGCUACUCGCUCAAGUUUUGCAUAAUCAGCCAACUGAUCCAAAACAAACUCUCAUAAAUCAUAUCGAAUUCGCUGCGAAAUUUCCAAGUUUAAAAAGUCUUGUUCCGGAAAACAAUUCGAAUGGUUUCAUCGCAUUUUAUUACAUUGAUGCAUAUUUUUGUAUAAUUGCUGUGAUUUGUCUAUUUCUAUUUUUGAUUCGGAUCACAUUCAAAAAAUUGUAUUGUUUUAUUAAAUUGAAAAAAGAGUAA